GCAGCCUCUUUCUAGCAAUGAAGAAAAUUGUCGCGACCGAAGUCGACGACGCGAUUGCUCAGCUCACCCUUGUCAGACAAGCCGCGCGGGCGGUCCGGCGCAACAACGCCAAGCUGGCCCAGCGCAUCAUGCGCCCAUCUCCGGAAGCUGCCGCCUGCCCGGCGGCGGCCAACAACAUUGUCACCAUCACCCGCCCCGAGCGAUUCCACAGCUUGACCGAACAGAUCCAUUGUCACACCGCCGAGAAGGACGCGUCCGCGAUCCAGGGGGGGCAUGCCCACCACCAACAACACGACCAGCUCCAGGCCCUCACGCGAUACUGGGCGCCGAUCUUCACCAAGUGCGACAUCGGCCACGACGCAGCAUGGCGCUGCAUCAGCCAGCGCAUGAGCGCCCUCGUCGACCUGGAGCUUCCACCACCGAACGCGGAACACAGGGUCAAGACGGUGCGAGUGCCGAUGGCGAUCUACACGAAGCACGACCCAAGCGCGCACGUUCGGGCCCCGCAACUCACAGACGUGAAGCUCAUCACAGUAACGCUGAAAUCGGCCAUCAACCCCCUCACCACAGCCCGAGUCCCCGCCUCGCAGAGGGGCUUCGCCCUUGGCAGGCGCUUCACGGACAAUGUUCUGGAGCUGGACGCGGAGGCCCGCGUCGCUAGCCUCAUGCCAGGCUCGCACGACAACCACCCGCCCCUGGUUGCAUUGGACAUUGGCCAGGACCCCCCGAGCCUCUUGCAGGAGUUUCUUGUGUUCGUUCUCGUUGAGCUUUCGGUUCCCGCGGAGUUCCUUGCUGCACGCAACCUGCACCCCUCCGCCACGGCCAAGGCCGCUGCGGACGGGACACCGAUUGCCUCAUUCACGAUCACCAGAGAUAUCAUCCAGGCCCGCGCCCUCUCCGGGACCCUGCACGCGCUGGCCACCACCCCCACCAUCGUCUCUCUGGAAGCGCACUUCGAGACCGCCACGCCAGGCACGUUCAGGGCUCGCGCGGACGACAUCGGCGGGGCCCUCUACUCCCCAAGCGGCUUUCCGAAGCGCGAGACGACACUGAACAUGGCGUUAGAGGCGAAGGUCAGCGACGCCAUACAACAGCCGACGCUUGCUUGGAACUUCGCGGCGGUCGGGAACCUGCUCUACAUUGGCCUAUGGUCGGGCCCGUCGGCCGACCUCGCCCUCAAUUGGAGAGCGCCGCGGCGGAAGUUCAAGCACCGCGCGGCAGUACAAGCAGCAGCGGCUGCACCCAUGAGCACAAACGCAUGGCCCUACAACACCCGCUCUGUCUCGACCGCCAGCUACGUCGCCCCGCUCGCGCCGCCGACCGCCCGCUUCGCCUCUGAG